GACACGGAGCCAUCACAGGAGACACGCGUCCGUUCAGCAGGGAGCACCGAGGUUUCCCCCAUGGAAGCGGAAUGUCUCGCCCUGAGAGACCUCACCAGUCCGAGGAAAAGUUUCGCGGUGGUGACGGUGGAGGAGGGAGACCGGGCCGAGCAGAAGGAAAACAUCUGCACAGAGAGAAGGAGAUCCCCAGAGUCCUCCGUCCCUCCCCUGCUGACCCACAGAAGAGGGGCCGCAUGUGACCUGGCACAUCACAUCACCCCCAUCAAGCACGGCGCCCUGGCCGAGCCCUGGUCCCCCACGGCCAAUCUCAAGAUGCUGAUCAGCGCGGCGAGCCCGGACAUCAGGGACCGAGAGAUGAGGAAGGUGCUGUUCAGGCCCAUCGAGAACGAGAAGGAGAAGCCGGCGAGUCCAGAUACCGUGACGGAGGACAUGGAGGUGGAAGACUCCUGUCAAUUUGAAGCUGUGGAUGAAGAGGAUGAGGCCGAGAAAAAGCCGAGCAGGAAGCAGAAGAGUCUGGGUCUUCUGUGCCAAAAGUUCCUGGCCCUUUACCCCGAUUAUCCACCACCUGACAGCCCCAUCUGGAUCUCCCUGGACGAGGUGGCGACCAGUCUGGGAGUGGAAAGGCGGCGUAUUUAUGACAUCGUCAACGUGCUGGAGUCUCUGACCAUCGUCGGCCGCAUCGCCAAAAACAGCUACACCUGGUAUGGGCGCCAGCAGCUGGAGGCCACGCUGGAGGAGCUGCAGCGGAGGGGCCGGCAGCAGGGCUACCACCUCCAGAUGGAGCUGGCUGCAGAGCCCAGGGAGGCCGGGCCGGGGCGCGAGGAUGAGGGAGGGGACGUUGGCAACGCUGGUGGCAACAGGAAAGACAAGUCUCUGCGGAUCAUGAGCCAGAAGUUUGUCAUGCUGUUCCUGGUUUCCAAAACUCAGACUGUCACUCUGGAUGCAGCAGCAAAGAUCCUGAUUGAGGAGAGUCAAGACUCGUCCAGUCACAGCAAGUACAAAACCAAGGUGCGGCGACUGUACGAUAUCGCCAAUGUCCUGACCAGCCUGGGCCUCAUAAAGAAGGUGCAUGUCCGGGAGGAGAGAGGCAGGAAACCGGCCUUCAAGUGGCUCGGCCAGGUUGAAUUCAACAACUCUGGAAAUGGCGGAAGUACUUUCAACAUGGCAGCGGUCACUCCUGACGCCACACAGCCAAUAGCAGGGCAGGACCUCAGAAGAGCCAAGAUGGCACGCCACGCCUCCUUCAACAUCACGCCAAGGUCUGUGACCGUUCAGCGGCUGGUCAACUCCGCCCCCAGCAGCCCACGACCAGAGCUAUCGGGUCUGCCAAAUCAGCCUGUGGAUUAUUCCAGGAAGACUGCAGGCCUCAACGCAGUUUGUCGACUGCAGUUUGGAAACAGCUCAGAUAACCGUCCCAGUUUGGCAUUGCAGCCUCACACCCACAGCAGCCAUCAACCUCCGUCCUCCACCCAGUCCACCCGGCUGACACCUUCCCUCCAGCCCGAGUACCACUUCACCUCCACCUCCUCUCCCCACUGCUUGGCCUACCUGCCCAGCCUGUCGCAGCCGUCGGUGGUGAUGCUGUAUGGGCCGUUAGACAAGCCCCACCAGAUGCCCGAAGGUCAGAGAUCACCCGGGUUGGAGUCUGAGGAAGGGAGGAAGAGGCGGAGGAAGGAACGAGAGGAGGAGGAGGAUGCAGUGGUGAAAAAGAAGGGAAUGUCUGGAUUAGAGGAAUGUGACAAGGUGAGAGGUGAAGCUCGGAGGGAAGCAGAGGAGCGUUCCACCAGAACCUCAACGAGUCGCCCCACAGGCCCCGGCAGAGCAUCUGAUGAGGGUCUCUGUGACAGCAGCAGUGAGCCCCCCCAACCGUCACACUACCUCUACGUGCCCAACAAUGCAGGUCUGAACAGCCUCAACUUCUUCCUCUCUGCGGGCCAGAACCCGGCCAGUCUAGCACUUCCUUCCGGCGGUGUUCCCACCCUGGCGCUGCCCUACGUCCUGGUGCCCUCCUCCGCCCUCUCCCACUACCCCCUGGUGGCCGGCGGGCUACAGCAGCAAGGCUCGGACAGCCACGCCAAACUAAGCUUCAGUCUACCCGCAGUGAUGUCACCUGCCCACUUUACAGUAGGGGCGGCGCCUUACAGCCUGGCGCCGGCAGCCGCACCAGACAUUAGCUGGUCGCCGGUUCCAUCGCCGUCCACUCCGGAACAAAGCAAGCUGUACGGGUCAGCACUCUGCGCCCCACCUUCACCACAGGGACCCAGACAGCCGCUCAGCAUCAGCACAUCAGAACCACUGACUCCACAUACUCCAAAGGACGCCCCAGCGUCUGCUACCAAGGCCUUCUUCCAGACACCGGGCACCCUGGGAAGUGUAGUCAGCGCUGUUCCAGCUGCACGAAGAAGAGGCUCAGCACAGAGGAGGCUGGACAUCGGCCACCCAGCGACCACUUAA